AUGGAGAGACCAAAUUACGAGCUGCUGAAAUUUGACGGUAACGAGUCAGAUGAUCCUGAGAGAUCUCCAACAGGAGGCGUAUUUUGGAAGCCCCUAAAUGAAGAUGGCACCGCUGCAAGACUUCAACAUGAAGAUUUUCUUUGCAGAGAGUGUCGAAACGAGAUUGAUGAUCCAGUAGUGACAUCUUGCUGCGACAAAUAUGUUUGCCGAAAAUGCUGGACAAACGAUCUUCACUCGCCCAAGCGUGAUACUUAUCAUCUUGAAUGUCCUAUUUGUUGGAGCAGAGUUUCUUACAAUCCGCCUAUUCAUAGUCACUGGUCUUAUUCGCGCGGAACAUUUUAUCCUGCUUCAAAGUUUUAUCUGAAGAUGAUAAAUGCGCGAAUGGUUCGAUGCCGUGAUAAAGAGUGCAAGAUGGAAAUGAAAUAUGAAGAUUUCGAUGAACACUGGAAAAAGUCAUGCAGACGACUUGUCAGAUGUGAUUUUUGCUACACAGAAAGUCGAGUAUUUGAGGAUCACCUGUGCGAAGGAAAAUUUCACGCGAAAAAAGAAGAGAUGAAAAAGGAGCUUCAGGUUCAAGAAGAAAAGAACGAGGACUUGAUGGCUAGACUUGGAUAUUACUAG